ACACGGCCAUUGUAUUGAGCUCAGUCAGGAAUCUUCGCUCUUCUCUCUCAUCUUCCUUGAGUCUGAUUUUAAGGGAGGAGCCGUAACUCUCGGGAAGAUCUAACGUUAGAGACUUUGGCUGAGGAUAACAGCAGGACUGAAGGACGGUUAAUUAUGGAUUCAGCAUCUCUUCCAGAACAACUGUCCGUUGUUAAUGAACAGGUGCUGAACUCAUCGGGCAGAGCAGUGACCGCAGCUGUGUGUCUGCGCCGCUUCCUCUGUUACGGCUCUGAGAGCGCCACAUACAGCACUAAAGAGUGUCCUCUGGGUAUGGAGAACGCCCUGUCCCUGAUGCAGUUCAUCGAGGGGGGACGAGGCUGUGAGGCGGUGGAGGAGAUCAGACGCCUGAAUCUGGAGGGCCGCGCUGUCCGUCCCAACCCCAGCCUCUUCGCCCUGGCUGUCUGCUCACAGCAUGCAGACUGCAAGACCAGGCAGGCCGCCUUACGGGCGCUGAAGGAACUGUGUCGCACGCCCGUGCAGCUCUUCACAUUUGUGCAGUAUAAGAAGGAUCUGAAAGAGGGCUCUGGGAUGUGGGGGCGGGCUCUGCGGAGGGCCGUGACUGAUUGGUACAACGGCCAGGACGGUAUGAGCCUGGCGCGGGCCGUGACCAAGUGCAAGCACAGGGCAGGCUGGUCCCACCAGGACCUCCUCAGGCUGUCCCACAUGAAGCCAACCAAUGACGCUGUUGCUCUUGUUUGCAAAUACAUCACAAAAGGAUGGAAAGGGGUUCAGGAAGCGUAUGGUGAUAAAGAGAUAUCUGAUGAUCUGCAAAAGGUUUUUGGAUAUCUGGAAGCUGUGGAGAAAGCCAAACACUCGACUGAUGAGCAGGAGCUCGUUCAUCUUAUUGAGGAGCAGAUGCUGGAAAAAGAGCACGUUCUGACCAACCACCUGAAGUCCAAAGAGGUAUGGAAAGCAUUGCUAAAAGAGAUGCCAGUGGUUGUUUUAUUGAAGCAUUUGGGUAAGUUGACAGCAGACAAGGUUCUGGCACCAGGAAGUCCGGAUGUUGCAGCUGUUUGUGAAAGGAUUCAGGAUGAGACUGCACUGAAAAAGGCAAAAACACAGCCGUUCAACAUUCUUGUGGCAUCUGAAAACUAUAAGAGAGGUCAUGGGAAGCGUAGCAAACUGAAAUGGGAGCCGGACGGAGACAUUGUUCAAGCCCUGGACUGCGCCUUCUGCAAAACUAUUUCAACCAUGGAGCCCACAGGCAAGCGUUUUUUGGUGGCAGUUGAUGUAAGUUCUUCUCUGAGCAGCGUGACUCACGGCAGCUCCAUCAGCACUGUGGCAGUAGCAGCGGCAAUGUGCAUGGUAAUUGCACAAACGGAACGAAACGCACAGAUUGUGGUUUUCUCUGAAGGAAGUGUUCUUCCCUGUACUGUCUCUUCUGAUAUGACGCUUAUGCAAGUAGCAGCACAGCUCAUCCAGACUCCUGGUGGCAGUACAGACUGUGCCUUACCCAUCACUUGGGCCUCAGAGAAUGAGAAAACUGUGGAUGUCUUCAUCAUUUUCACCAAUAAUCAAACCCUUGGGAGGGAAAAUCCAGCAGACACACUGAAGACGUAUAGACAAAAAAGCGGUUUAUUUUCCAAGCUGAUUGUGUGUGGAAUGAUUGCCAACUCGCUGUCCAUCGCUGACCCUGAAGACCGUGGCAUGCUGGACAUCUGCGGCUUUGACUCGCAAGCAGUCGAUGUCAUCCGUAACUUCGCACUUGAUGUCAUUUAAAUCUUUUAGGUUUUGUAGCAUGCAGCCAGUUUUCUGAACAACAACAAGACAUUGAUGCACCCCACAUCAACAUGCAAAAAAAAUAA